UGCAAAUUUAAGUAUGUCCCAAUCCUAACUUUAAUGGGUACUUUCUAGAAGAGAGAUGCUAUAGACUAAUUCACCGGGCAGUUUACAGAGCCUGCUCUAAAAAUUAAAAGUUGUGCUUUAUAAAGCAGAAAUUGAGAUUGUUGCAUAACAGACAAGCAUGUGAGAAUAUGUAUGUAUGGUUCUUGUUUUUAGAGGGGAAGUGUGCAUAUUUCCAGAUGCUUCCAAACCUAUUCAAGUUAACAAGCAUGAAGUUUGCACUACUGUUUUAGUCGCAACACCCCAGGCAUCUCAAGUAUAUAGCACCAGAAAGAGAAUUUUCUGAAAGUCCUAGACCCACUGUUGUCUUCCGUGACACCAAUCCACUCAUGAUACUGCUUGCUUAUGAAAAGGGACGUUAUUGGAGAACAUAUGUUCAGCAUGGCACAUACAUUCAAGACACUCAAGAGCUGGUUCUGGUGGGAAACCAUCUGGAUGCCUGCCAAUGUCACGUGGGCAGAUUUUGAAGACCGUGAUGGCUAUGUCUUUCCAAAGCCACAUCAGUUAUAUGCUUUUCUACCCUUCACGCUUGUUUUGCUGAUUAUUCGAUUCUUCAUUGAAAAAUACGUUGCCCUGCCACUAGCCAAAGUUUUAGAUAUAAAGAAUGUAAGACGAGUGAAGCCUCAGCCCAACUCUGUUUUAGAGGCUUAUUUCCAAAGCUGCACAAGACAUCCAUCCCAAUCAGAGAUGCUGCGCCUGGCCAAAAAGUGUAAUUGGACGGUUCACCUGGUACAAAAGUGGUUCAAGAGGCGAAGAAAUCUUGAGAUCCCAACGAUGGUGCAAAAAUUUAAGGAGUCCUGCUGGCGAUUUACAUUUCAUCUUUCAUCAUCCAUUGCUGGAUUUUUAUUUCUAUAUGAUAAACCUUGGUUUUAUGACAUCUGGCAAGCGUGGGUCAGCUACCCAUAUCAGUCCUUGCUGCCAUCCCAGUAUUGGUACUAUAUGGCCGAGAUAAGUUUUUACUGUUCGCUGUUGUGUACCCUUGGUAUAGACAACAAAAGAAAGGAUUUUAUGGCCCAUGUCGUUCACCAUCUGGCUGCCAUUGGUUUGAUGGGCUGCUCAUGGUGUGGCAAUUACGUUCGUAUUGGGACGCUGGUGAUGUUCGUGCACGAUGUUGCAGACUUCUGGCUCGAGGCAGCCAAAAUGUUUAAUUAUGCCCGGUGGGAGAGAACCUGCAAUGUCCUCUUCAUCAUGUUUUCUGUGAUCUUUUUUGUCACACGAAUCAUCCUUUUCCCCUUUUGGAUCCUGCGUGCUACAAUUGUUCUCCCCCUUUACUACUCCACAACUCCAGUCAUAGCAUAUUUCCUCUUCAAUGGACAGCUACUGGUCCUGCAGGGCCUACAUCUUUACUGGGGCAGCUUAAUUCUCAACAUAUUGAAAAAAUUCUUUUUCGUAGACCACUUGAAAGAUGAACGGAGCGAUGAAGAAGAGGAAGACUCCCUCUCUGAUACUGAAGAGAAGCAUGUGAAGAAUGUCAGCAAAAACGGCUGUGAGCUAAGGAAGAGUUGCUACCUGAACAACAAUAGUCGUUAGACCCACACCUGCAUCACAUCCUGCAGUAUCACUUGUCAUGUCCUAAACCCAACCUACAGUACAGAAAGGAAAGUCAACACCCUCUGAGAGUCCAAGAUUGAUUUAUUGCUAGUUACUAGACCUGGAAAGAAGCCCAGUGUAGAGCGGGUGGCGGUGGGAGAUUUGCUUAAUAAGACAAAAUGCGUUAAUGGCCUACUUUCUUGAGUCACUGCAUAUUAGUGUGUGAAAAACAUCUCUCAAAUGUGCUAAUCAUUCCACUCUUAAAAUGCUCAAGGAUUUCAGUGCUCUUAGAGCAAGUGAAGUCUAAUUGGCUCUACUAUAAUUUUCAAGUCUGGCAGAAAUAGGGCAGUUUUACCAAAAGCCUUUAAUGCUCUUUCCACAUAAGUUUGGAAGUGUGGAGUUAAUAUGAGUUCUUCUAAUAAUCAGAAUUGCUUUGUUUAAGAGAGAGGUGACAUCAGGGUGCAUUAACAGGCAUGUUAAUCAUCUUAUCUGAGUUCAAGCAUUUAGCAUUGGCUGCUACCCAUGGAUCAGAGCAUACUUCUUGAUGGCUGGUCCAAGCUAGCAUUGAAUCACUGGAGUUGUUGGUGCUUCCAUGAAUCAUUUGCUUCACUUAAAGAAGCAAGGAGUUUAAACCCUCUGCUCAAAGGCUGCGUCUACAUAGCACAAGGCAGUGUUGUGCAUAGAUACCCAAGUUAGCUCUGAACAAGUUACCCUAGGCACUGAAAGCACAAUAGCUGGGUUAACAUGGUGUUACUUUUCAACAAGACUAACUAGUUGGUUCAAAUAUCUCAUCGCAGCACUACCUUGUGCAUGUGGAUAUACUCAAGUUGGCAUUAUCUCAUGCAGACAAUCACUCCAGCCUUUGCCUAUCUUAAAUCUUUUGCUCUUUUUUUUUUUUUUUUUUUUUUUUUUUGAGGGGGGGAAAGGGAGGGAUUAAAGAAAGUAAUAGUGAAGAAAAAACAACCAGUGCCCAUUUUCCAUCAGGCCCAGGUUUCUUUAACUCCAGCCACUCUGGGUUUAUGCCUGAUUAUAGAACUGGGAUCCUCGUUGGUGGGGCAUAGGGGAAGAUUUCCCAGCAACAGGCAUCCAGGCUAAUUCUUGUAAGUUUAUCAGAAAGUGCAGAAUUCAACAGCUUACUUGGCUAAUGAGGCCUUGCACAGAGUGAGCCCUUUACAACUGCUGGCUGCAGGCCACUUUUCAAAUGAAGUUUCAGCUGUGUUUGAUGCAUCAAGGCUGUGCGGGCCCGAUCCCAUCCUCGUGGCCAUGUGCCGGCCGGGGGCGAGCCGGGCCCGUCUUUGCGCUGCACGCGGGCUGUGGCCAGCAGCCCGGGCACGCGGGGUCAGAGAGAACGGGCGUUAUGAGCUAGAAUUAGGCACGGUACGCGUAGUGGUUGAUUUAAAGAUUACUUUUACUUACACCAAAAGAUGGUCGCGGUGUAGGCAGGAAAACUUGCUUGAGUUACAGUUGCAGAUGGAAAAGAAGAGAGGCAGACUAGAGUUCCUCCCCGUGAACACUCUUCUAGUCCAUCCGGUUGGAGGCUCUAAACCGCGAGCCGGUCAGCCCAAUCGGAGAAAGUAUGUACAGUAAAGAGCUCUGAAUACACUCACUCACACGAAGUUUGCUAGGCUCCGUGGAACUUGCGCGCAGGGAAGAAGGAUACGUCGGGAUUGCGCUCGGUGACGGGGAGAGGCUAGAGCAGAGCUUUCCAAACUGUGUGCCGCGACACAUUAGUGUGUCGGCGGCAGUGUGUAGAUGUGUCGCGCGAAAUGCAGAAAAUGUUGCGGAAGGGCACCGCGGAGCUCCCUUACUCGCGUCUGCUUCCCUUGGCCCCUCCCCUGGAACUUCCUAAAGCAGCUAAUGUUAAAGCAGCUAAGCCUUAGCAGCUAAGGCUUAGCUGCUUUAACAUUAGCUGCUUUAGGAUGGUGUGGCGUCUUGACGUAGGACGCACGGGAUUGGUGGUGUCGGAGCGGUACGGCGAGGAGCGUGGAGAAUUCGGAAUUCUCCUUGGAGACUCCUUUAACGGAGCAAUUGGUUGUGAGUUACACCACCCCCAACUCUCGGCUGUGCUGAGCGGAGGAGUCCCCCGGAGGUCCUGGACUGGGACUGCACCGAGCGGGCCGUCCGCCAUCUUGGCCAAUCGGAACGGAGCUCGGUGGAGGCCAGAAGCCUCGGAAUCAGCGUGCUCCCAAUCACCCGGGCGAGCGCAGCUGCAGGCUGUCACCCAGUCAACCCACCUGCUGCUGGCUGAAGGUAGGCCACCCUCCCAAACCCAAUGUGGCAAACAGCAAGCCACUCACCACGUGGCACUUAUAAUUUGAUUUCUGCCAUUUAUUUUUAUUUUUACUCUGCUGUAAUUGUGGAUUGACCACCCACCGGCAGUGUACCACCGGAGAGUGCUGGAACUGGACUCUGGACAUAGGCAUUGCAAAUAUUUGCAGCAAUAUAGCCUUGUAGUGAGACAUAUAUAUUUACACCAUUUUUGUUGGACUUUUGCUUCUCUACUUCAUGUGUUUUUGCAGCUGAGCUCCUACCUGGACCUAUGUGUCCUAAUAUGUAUUGUAAAUACUUAAGUUAAUUUUGUUUUUUUUUUUCACAUUUUCUCCUGGUCCUGAUUCCUGUCUUUAUCUCACUUUAUCACUGUGGGAGUGGAGCGCAGGUGCUGUUAUUUUCAUAAGAAAAAACAGAGAAAGAUAAGCGCUAAAAACAGUCCUGUUAUUUUCAUAUUUAGUUAAUGCUAAAACCUAAAAAUAAAUUUGCAUAGAUUUAUUCAUUAAAUUGCAGUUGAAUUGCCCGUAAAAUGGAUAAGUUUCUAAUUAAGAAAAGAAAAGCUGGUGAAGAUGACGUUUGCGAUGAACAAAACGUAGCCGCUAUAGAGGAAACUACGCAAGAAUCAACUGUUGAACGGUCUGUAUUAGUACGUAAGAAGUGUAAAGGAAAAAUUUCCAAGCCUCGUUUAUACAAUAAAGAUUAUAUGAAACUGGGGUUCACAGUUUCUGGUAAUGAAAACAA